AUGAAGAUGGAGCAAGGCGACGAUCCUUCUCAAACGAUUGCAGUGUCCACGAGCGCAACGUCAGGUUCUAAAGGCGCCGUACCGCACGACAGUUCGGCGACUAGGAAGACUAAAUCACGAUAUGGCUGUCGAGGAUGUAAAUCAAGAAGGCUCAAAUGUGAUGAGACCCACCCAGCAUGCUUACAAUGCCUUCGCCGUGGGAGGGAGUGUCCUGGGUAUGCUCGAGACUUCAAGUUUUCCGACAAGCAUGAAAAGCUGCGUUUCGCCGGCAACGAGACAUCGAGGAAGCGUAAACGGAAUGGUUCUGCCGAUUUUCAGGAGGUCACAUCGACUGAAACUACGAAGUCUUCCUCCCAAGCUAGGCAUUCUGUACAGCCGAAAGGACUCACACCGAAAUUGGAGCAACAGGAACCGCAGGAUCCAAUUGAUGUGCUUCCUUUCGGUUCGAAGGAGCCAGAUGUUGAUGUGAUGAAGCUCAUAUUUCCCGAGUCUCCUCUAGAGAGCCCUCAAAGAUCGCCUAGCAAUGGUCCAUUUGACUCUAUCGAAACAAAAACAUCUCCUGCCGUCGAUCCUGCCGCCAAUGAAGCCCACGAGCGAACCGCAGAUGUCAGCCAACCUGCAGCGAAUACACACAAUCCAGACGAAGAACUAGUGGUUGAAGAAUGUCUCGAAGAGAUUGCAACAGAAGUUACUCGCAUGCCAAAUCUUCCAUCGAAUCGUCAGAAACGAAGGGCUUCUAAUCAACUAAUCCAACGAGCGAAGUCGAGGAUACCGAAUACGCCGGUCGAUCUUCCAUCGACGCUCAUCGAAUACUGGUUUACCCAUGUUUGUGGGAUGUGGUCAGCAUACGAUUCGGAAUCGAACCCCAAUCGCCAACUUGCUCUCAACACUUGCUUCAACUCCGAGUCGGUCUUCUAUGCUCUGCAGAGCAUGUCCGCCGCUUGCCUAGUCGACAGUCUACCACAUCUGAAGCCCGUCCUCGCUUCUACUUCUGGUAAUGCUCUUGCAGCAAUCAACAGAGAUAUGGCGAUGUACUAUGAUCUCAAUGCUCCGUUAGACGGCGGUCUUCCGACUGAUUUGCUUCUCGCGAUCUUUGCGAUGGCGACUUCGCUAUGCUGGACAGACACAAAACAACUGGGUGAACCCUUAGUGAUCGGAGCGCGAACAGUCCUCAUACGCUUUCAAGACACUGGCGGCGGACUUGACGACAAAAGCCGAAAAGAGCUUUUGCACUUCCAUCACGCUCUAAAGUAUACAGAGAUGCUCCUGAACUUCGUGAGCUCCGAGUCGGCUUUCAAGGAUCUGGAGAUCAUGCGCCAAAAGCAUAGGACAAGGCUCCGCCAUGUAAUGAGAUGGGACGGUGACCAGGAUUCCAUUGAAGAGGAACCAGCCGUGGGCACCACUGCGUUUGGGCCCCAGAAGGACGACGACCACGAUGCAACAAUUCACCCUUGGACAGGCGUCUCACGAAAAGUCCAGGAGCAAUUCGGUCUGGUGAUGGCGCUUUGUCGUGACCACCACACGCGCAGAGUAUGUACUGGCGUGCACAAUGCCAAUGCUCUGUGCGAGAGCCUCUGCGAUAUUGAAGUCGCCCGUGAGCUUGCCCAACACCUGAUGCAAUCUAACUUUGCUUCGGAUAUUGAAGACAGUGACAUGCCAGCGCCAGCUUUGCAAACAGGCGAUAACAGCACGCCAGUCACCCACCUUUUGGACACAGCUGAAGCUUAUCGACUGGCAGCCUUGCUGCAGCUGUACAUCACCUUCCCUGAUCUCGAAGUCCGUUUAGACGAUGCGUCCCCAAGCCAAGAGCCGCCAUUCAUGGAAGAUAAUGGGGAGUUGGAGAGAAGUCAAGCGUUGACAACGCUCACUCUUCUCCUUGUGGAUGUGCUUGAACGGAUACCGCCUGAGUCGGGCACACGGUGUAUCCAGCCCGUUCUCUACGUUUCGGCAGCUACGGGACUCAGGUUCGAUACCCCUGUGGUUGCGGAUCCAGAGGUGUUCCCUCUUACUCAGUGCACGAUUGAGGUUUCUCGGGCUAGGAAGUUUAUUGUCGACAGGUUGAGCACGCUGCUGAGAUCACUGCCACCACGUCCCAUCGGCGUGGCACUGAAUUUGAUCAAGGCUAUCUGGUCUGAGUAUGACUACGGGCAAAAUGCAGCAACAGGAGGCCAUUGGAUGGAUGUUAUGAUGAAGACGGGUCUGCACACGUUGUUUGGUUGA